GAACGUGGAAAAAUCCCCGAGAGAGCGUGAGAAAUAAAAAAGCUGUGGGAUUUUACCUUCAUAUAUAGCCAUAGAAUCUGCUCUAUCUGCACGUUGGCUCAUUGCAGAACUCAGUCAUGAAGUACUUGAUCCUCUUGGCUCUGCUGGCUGCAGCUUAUGCUGCUCCCAUUGAGGAUGACAAGAUCGUUGGAGGCUACGAGUGCAGGAAGAACUCUGUGCCCUACAUUGCCUCUCUGAACGCUGGCUACCACUUCUGUGGAGGCUCUCUGAUCUCCAGCACCUGGGUGGUGUCUGCUGCUCACUGCUACAAGUCUCGUAUCCAGGUGAGACUCGGUGAGCACAACAUUGCCGUGAGCGAGGGCACAGAGCAGUUCAUCGAUUCUGCCAUGGUCAUCCGUCAUCCCAGCUACAACAGCUACAACCUGGACAAUGACAUCAUGCUGAUCAAGCUGAACAAGCCCGCCUCUCUGAACAACUACGCCAAAACCGUGUCCCUGCCCUCCAGCUGCGCCAGCGCUGGCACCAACUGUCUGAUCUCUGGCUGGGGCAACACCAGCAGCAGUGGAAGCUACUAUCCUGACAACCUGAGGUGUCUGGAUGCUCCCAUCCUGAGUGACAGCAGCUGCAGGAACUCCUACCCUGGACAGAUCACCUCUAACAUGUUCUGUGCUGGAUUCCUGGAUGGAGGCAAGGACUCCUGCCAGGGUGACUCUGGAGGCCCAGUGGUGUGCGGCAGUCAGCUGCAGGGUAUUGUGUCCUGGGGUUAUGGCUGCGCUCAGAGGAACAAGCCAGGAGUCUACACCAAGGUCUGCAACUUCACCACCUGGAUCCGCAACACCAUGUCCUCCAACUAAACGGACAUGAAGCAAUCGAAUCUGUCAAGGACAGAAAGAAUUCUUUAUAAUGUCCUCUACUUUAAAAAAUAAAGUCCUCAAGCUCAA